AAUAUGAAGCAGUCCUUUCAAAUGGGAAAUAAUAUAUAAAAGCAACGGAAGGCCGAUUGCGUCUUUACAACGACUAGACCAUGAAGUCGAACUUAUUAAAUCUCCUAGUGGUCGCACUUUCCUUUAGCGUAAACGAGGCAGCAUUUUCGGGGAAUUGGUUUGACGCGUUAUCGGAAAAUCUCACCGUCAAAAGUGCCUUAGAAAUUUACGUGCCCACGACAAAUUCGGCAAACGCAAAAUGUCGGAAUCACAGUUUGUUCUACGCCGAGGAGUUCAAAAAGUUGAAACUGUGGGCUACCGAAAUGUUUGACGCUACUGGAAAGAUGCCCAGCGGGAUACUCUACGGUUCAUCGCACGACCUGGGCAAUUUCGACGAAUGCCUCGAAGUCAAAGUACCCUACAACGAAGAGGAAUUUUUCGGGCAGUACUGUAUGGCUAAAUUUACGGUAGUGCCACCGAAAGACGUCCAGAUAGUCCACAAGGGACAAUACUACGAGGAUAACGACUACGAGAAAUAUUUCAACGAGUCGAUGUGGGAAAAAAUCGCAACGUACUCUGAAGAUCACACAAAAGGAUCCCGAAACGAAUUGUAUUUUGGGUUUUGCUUACCGUCCUCGUGUUCGUACGAAGAUCUUCAAACUGUUCUGGAAUCGAGUGCGCUGAUAUACAACUCAAAAAACGAUUUUCGAUUGGUAGUCGAUGUGAACCACAGAAGCUGUCAGAUAAACAGACCAGUGGAAUUGAGAAGAGGAGAUGUCGCAUUUAUCUUUUUCCUAACGCUUUCCGUUGCAACGGUUAUUUGCUCCAGCGUGUACGACAUUUUGGUUAAAAGGAAACCUUUCCAGAGCUACAAGCUAAGCGGAAUUUUUCACGAAGUAACUUUAUGUUUCUCGUUUCCGAGAAACUACGAGAAGCUGACUUCGGAAGGCCGUAAUAGCAACGGCUUAGAUUGCUUGUCCGGCAUGAAAGUUUACUCCAUGCUGCUGAUUAUAGUGCUACACAGAAUUAUGUUCGAGUUCGGCUCCCCCAUGGUCAACCCCAAAUACGUCGAAAAGCUUUACACAAAAUUUGAAACUACGCUUCUUCUAAAUGGUCCUAUUUUGGUAGAGACGUUUUUUACCAUAUCGGGAUUCCUGGCAACGUAUUUAAUGUUGGGCCAAUUUAGAAAAAGCAAAAGAGUGAACCUUGGAUUGUUCUACGUCCACAGGAUCGUAAGGAUGUCGCCAACGUACGCUGUCGUGUUAGCGUUCUACUGCACCUUGUUUAUAAAACUGGGCACGGGACCCUUUUGGCAGCAACGCGUGGGCCUCGAACAGGAGAGGUGCCUGGCAAGUUGGUGGGCUAACUUAUUAUACAUCAACAAUUAUGUGAACACUGACAAAAUUUGCAUGUUUCAGUCGUGGUACGUCAGCUGUGACAUGAACUUUUUCCUAUUUAGUCCCGUGCUGACUUGGCUGCUCUGGAAGAAACCCAAAGUCGGGUUGGGAGCGUUAUUCGGUCUUAUAGCUGCGUCCAUCAUCGUCGUAUUCGCUGUGGUCUACGUGAACAAUUUAGAUGCCAUGUUUAUGUUGUACAUUAAAGUAUUGAAAGAUCCUGUGUCGCAUAAUUCGUUUCGAACAAUGUACAUCCCGGGGCACAUGCGGGCCAGUUCGUAUUUUGUAGGAACUCUGGCCGGUUACGUUAAGUUCCAAAUGGAGGAGAAAAAUUCCAAAAUUCCAAGACAUGUGCUUAACAUAGGUUGGAUUUUAUGCGCUCCGAUCAUGAUCGCGUCCCUGUACAUAGGUUUCGUCUUUUACCUCUUGGAAAUUCCUCCGCUUUGGACUGCCCUUUAUGCUUCACUGUAUCACUUCGUGUGGAGUGUCUGCGUGGCGUGGAUGAUCAUUACCAUAUCCAGAGGAUAUGGACCUUGGAUUGAUCCAAUACUCAGGUGGAAACCGCUCGUUAUACUGUCUAGAUUGACGUACUGCGUGUACAUAAGUCACGGCGUCAUACAAAUCUACACGGCAGCUAGCAUAAGGACACCGAUACACGCCAGCGUAUUUAAUGUGGAAUACCAAACUGCUGCCGAUAUCCUGUUGGCAUACAUUUUGGCCUUUGUCCUUAGCAUGCUUUUCGAAGGCCCAUUAAUUAACUUGGAGAAAGUGUUGUUAUCCAGAAAAGUUCCAGACGAAUCGCCACAAAUUGAAGCAAACGUCAAAUCGACAUCUGACAUCGCUAUGACGUAAUUUCGUUCGUUCCUGGGACCGUCAACUUCCUAUUGGUUGAUCGCGCCAUAUGCUUCAAUAUGUAUGCGUGUAGUAUGCGGAAAAUAAAGAUUAAUUUUGAGUUAUCUAUUUUGAGUGAGUUUUAAAAAUAAAUGAUGCAGUCAGCAUAUUUUAUAUGCAAACCGAAUGAAAUGUCCAUAACCAAAAUGUUGGAUAAACGAAUUCAU